AUGGCGUCGAGCUCUGGCUCCUCCGACCACGACAAUCCCUUCAGCGCCGCGCCUGUGUCCAUCUCGGUGGCGACAAUGCAACUGAUCAACAUCAAGUCCCACGUUCCUAUGACUCUUGGUGUUGGCGACUCCAACUUCACCGUCGGGCGCACCUUCUUCAACAUUGUGUUCCGCAAGUUCGGCAUCAAGGAUCAUGUCGACGGCACGGUCGAUGCACGCGCCAUGCUCCUCGACACCGAGUGGACGCAGAUCGACACCUGCAUCGUCUCCUGGCUCUACACCAUGCUCUUCGCCGAACUGCUCUCCGCCAUCGUCCAGCCGCACGACAACACCUACACCGUCUGGACAUCCAUCGGCUCCCAGUUCCUUGACAACAUUGUGCAACGCACCGUCCAGCUGCGGCAGGCGCUCCACGCCCUCUGCCAGGGUGACCUCACGGUGACCAAGUACUGCAACCAGCUCAAGGACCUGGCGGACAAGCUGCGCGACGUCGGCGCACCCCUCACCGAUCAAGAUCUCAUCAUCAACCUCCUGAGCGGGCUGAAUGAUAAGUUCGCCAACUGCAUCCCUACGAUCUCGGCCUCGCGCCCGCCGAUGACAUUCCUCCAGGCCCGUUCUUUUCUCCUCCAGGAGGAAAUCUGA